AUGGCAAGUGGUAGUGGUAGUGGUGCGGGUAGUAGCGGUGCUAGCGAUUGGCGGCAGAUUGUUAGGGAUGAGCUGCGUGCCGUUACGUCUAGGGAGUUAAAUCGGGCAUUACAAACGGCCAUGCAGCAGCAGCAACAGCCGGCGGUACCUCGACCCAUCCAUUGUCGCACUUAUAUACCUCGUGACCGCAUCGCAGCACACCAUCGGUUGUACGCGGACUACUUUGCUCCACAGCCGCGGUUUGGAGACAACUUGUUCCGCCGACGUUUCAGGAUGCGUCGUGAACUGUUUCUUCAUAUCGUUGGUGUUUUAGAGCGUCGAUACUUAUAUUUCAGGAUGAGAGAGGAUGCGGUUGGUAGACCGGGCCACACGCACAUUCAGAAGUGCACUGCAACGAUCAGGCAGCUAGCUUACGGAGGUACGGCCGACAUGUUCGACGAGUACCUCCACAUCGGCGAGACGACUGCCCGCGAAUGUAUGGAGUUUUUUUAUCAAGGCAUUAGGGAGAUAUUCGGGGAUACCUAUCUUCGCAAGCCUACUCCCUAA